CACACGCCCCCCACUCUGCUGCAAACACUACAGCUGCAAACAAGUGCUCUGAGUUGUGGAAUUCUAAUUGAAUAUACACAGAACAAUGGGUGCAGACCACAGUCAUCAUGCGAGCCACCAUCACGGUGCAUAUUAUAUAGUAAAACACAAGCCAACGGGGAUGGUGCUAGACAUCAGGGACUGUGCCCGCCAUAACGGGGCCACCAUCUGCCUGUGGCCGCAGAACGGGGGAGACAACCAGCUCUGGACAUACCACGACGGCGUGAUUAAAAGUAAAAUGCACGGUAAGGUGCUUGACGUCAAGGAUGGUCACGCUUAUCCCGGAUGUGACGUCAUCUUAUGGGACUUCAAUGGCGGAGCAAAUCAGCGUUGGAUACCAAACGCGGACGGUACCAUCGUCACGCAACUUGGCAACUAUGCCCUUGACGUCAUGAAUAACGCCACCCACCAGGGGGCAGAGGUGAAACUGUGGGACAGACACGGAGGGGCGAACCAGCAGUUUAAGCUGGAGAGAGCUUAGAAAUGAACUGUUCGGAUUUUUCUUUAAUCGUCA